CACGCGGUCUCCUUCCCGCCGGCCUCUUCCCGCCCGGCGGCGCCGGAAUCAAACCGUGCCGCCCGCCCGUGACAUGUCCAAGAAAAAGGGUCUGAGUUUUGAAGAGAAGAGGGCCCGCAUGAUGGAGAUAUUUUUUGAAACAAAAGACGUCUUCCAGUUGAAGGACCUAGAGAAGAUUGCUCCAAAAGAAAAAGGGAUUACCUCGAUGUCAGUGAAAGAGAUUCUGCAAAGCCUUGUUGAUGAUGGCAUGGUGGACACUGAUAGAAUUGGAACUUCCAAUUAUUUCUGGGCUUUUCCAAGUAAAGCUCUUCAUGCCAGGAAGCGUAAAUUGGAGGAGUUAGAGUCUCAGUUUGCUGAAAGCAGUCAGAAAAAAGAGGCUUUACAAAAAAGCAUUGAGAAAUCAAAAAUUGGACGUGAAGAUACUGCGGAACGUGCAGCUCUGCUGAAGGAACUUGCUGCCCUUCGGCAGAAAAAAGAGCAGCUAAAGACAGAAAUAGACAAAUACAGGGAAUGUGAUCCAGAUGUGGUUGAAGAGAUGCGCCAAACAAACCAAGUGGCCAAGGAGGCAGCCAACAGAUGGACUGAUAACAUCUUUUCAAUAAAGUCCUGGGCCAAGCGUAAGUUUGGAUUUGAAGAGAGCAGAAUAGAUAAAGGUUUUGGAAUCCCAGAAGAUUUGGAUUACAUUGACUAGUGUUCAGUUGAUGGCUGACACAGUUGUACAUAGUUUGUUAAAUAUUCAUAGCUGCCAUUAAAAUGUGAAUCUUCUCCAAACAGGUGACCACCCUUUAAUUUGCUGUAUUUGUUAAGGUUAAUAAAAUACUAAAAAU